AUGGAGUUGGAUCCAAAAGGGUUCAUGCGUGAAAUUGAUUUCAGUAGGAGGAAUUUGACUGUCAAAAGAUUGGAUACAAAUCAAGAAUCAAGAGUAUUAUAUGCAAUUAUCAAGAAAAAUAAUGCUGCUAUUCAUGUCCCAAAGCUUCCAAAAGCCCAUUUCUCCGUUUCCAAAAUCUCAACGACCAGAAAGUUGAUUGACGAAUUGAACAAUAUAAGAGUCGACGACCAGCUCUAUUCUCUCUUAGAGGCCGUGGCUGACAGAGUCGAGAUGCACACCAACAUUCGAAAGCAGCGUGACAACUGGAAUACCCUUCUUCUAAACUCCAUCAAUAUGAUUACUCUCACUGCCGCAAUCAUGGCUGGUGUUGCUGCGAUUGGUGGCGCCGGAAUGCCCCUUCUGGCUCUCAAGUUGUCGUCUACUCUCAUGUAUUCUGCAGCCAUAGGGAUGCAGCUUGUGAUGAACAAAAUUCAGCCUUCACAACUUGCAGAAGAACAACGUAAUGCUACCAGAUUGUUCAAGCAACUCUGGAGCCAAAUAGAAACUAUGCUCGCUCUUGGGGCAACAACAGAAGAAGAUGUGAAGGACAUGAUGGAGAGGGUUUUGGCCCUUGACCGAGCCUACCCCCUUCCCUUGCUAGGAGCAAUGCUUGACAAUUUCCCCGCAAAGUUUGAGCUUGCUACUUGGUGGCCUUCACACCAAUUACUCCGAAAGAAAACUAAAUCACAUGAAAGAAAACAACGAGAGAAUAAUGGGUGGAGUGAGGAACUUGAAGUGGAAAUGCGGGACGUCGUUGAAGUGGUGAAGAGAAAGGACAGUAAGGACUACGAAAGGCUGGGCAACCUGGUGUUGAAGAUUAACAAGAUCUUAUCCAUCUCGGGUCCAUUACUCACAGGGAUUGCAGCUGUUGGCUCUGCAUGUGUUGGUAAUGGGUCAUGGGCAGCAAUCGUAGCUAUGGCGGCAGGGGCUUUGGCUACCAGUGCGAAUGCCUUCCAGCACGGUGGGCAAGUUGGAAUGGUGAUCGAGAUGUACCGAAACAACGGUGGAUUUUUCCAUCUAUUGCAUGAAACAAUUGAAGCCACACUCGAGGAAAGGGACUUGGAGAAAAGAGAGAACGGGGAGUUGUUUGAAAUGAAGGUGGCUUUGCAACUGGGGAGAAGCUUGUUGCAGCUCGAAGAACUUGCUAGAAAGUCUGCUUCUUGUUUUGCUUCUUUGAUUGAAUACUCAGUUGGUCCAAUUGGAAAACAAUUUAGCUAUCUUGUUUUCUACAAGAGUAGUAUCGCAACUCUUGAAGAGAAAUUUCGGAGGGUACUUGAGAAGAAGGAGGCAGUGCAACAAUCUGUUAAUGGAGCCCAGUGGAAUCAAGAAGUAGUCGCAAGUGAAGUUAACACUUGGCUGACAAAUGUGGAGAAAAAAAUUGAAGAAAUCCAGAAAUUCCUUGGAGAAGAUGUGAAAGCCAAUAGGAUGUGCUUGAAUGGUUGGUGUCCAGAUCUGAAGCUAUGCUAUUCCUUGGGUAAGAAAGCUCAGAAGAAUACUCAAGCUAUCAUUCAGUUGCUAGAAGAAGGUGAAAAAUAUGAUAAGAGUGUACAACAUUGCACCUCCAUUGAAAGUAAGAUCACCAUCCACAUAACUGUUUAA